AAUGAGAAAAGUAAGUGAUUUUAAAAUAGGAGAAUCAAUUAAGGGGGAGUUAGAUUAACUAAAUGGAAGCAGCUAGAUGUUAGGAGUGACGUUAGCAAGGAGUGUGAGGGGGCGAUGGAUGGAAAGCGGGGCAGAGGGGCCCACGUACCCCUUAUGCUAGCGGCAGGCUUUCGCCCUCAUCGCUUUCCCUUCACGUGGGAGUGGUGCCCAAGCCCCAAAUUAUAUCCUUUCUCCGCAUUAAUGCCUCUCGCUCUUAGCCUCUGCUUCUUCACCAUUCACUUCCCCCCGUAAAAGCUUCUGCUUGUCCGUACACCUCCAUGGACGACCUCCUCCUCUCCUCCUCUCACUCUUCCCCGCCCUCCUCUCCCCUCCACCACAAGCUCCAGUUCUUGCUCCAGGCCCUGCCCCACUCCUGGCUCUACGCCAUUUUCUGGCAAACCUCCCACGACGACCGCGGCCGCCUCCGCUUGUCCUGGGCCCACGGUCACUUCCACGGCUCCGUCCACCGCCUCGAAUCCCUCCUCGACGACAACCUCAACGACGCCGAGUGGUUCUACGUCAUGUCCUUGACUCGUACUUUCUCCCUCGCUCCCGAUUCCUCCGCCUCCUCCCUCCCUGCAAAGGCUUUCUCCUCCGCUUCUCCCCUUUGGUUGAACAUCACCCAGCCCGACCUUCCCUUUCCCUCCUGCGACAGGGCCAGGGAAGCUUCCCUGCAUGGCAUUCGAACCCUCAUCUGCGUUCCCACCAAUCACGGAGUCCUCGAAAUGGGUUCGUCCGAGAUCAUCCCCAGGAGCCCCGCCAUCAUCCAGCAGGUCAAAACUCUCUACGGCUCUUCUCAUCUCUCCCCCGUCGUCUCCCCCUCUCACAAGCAGCCCGAACCAGUUGAUUUCUUGGACAUCGACGACACCAUUUCUUUUGCCGACAUCGGCAUUAUCGCCGCCACUCCGGAAGUAAAGGAUGAAAAAGCACCCGACAGUUCCUGCAGCAAGUCCCGGAACAAAGACACCUGUCUCCAGUUCAGGGUGGAUUCCGAGCAUUCGCAUUCGGAUUCGGACGGUCCGGUGAUAGAAAAAACACCGCCCAAGAAGAGAGGACGGAAGCCCGGGCUGGGUCGCGAGACGCCGCUGAACCACGUGGAGGCGGAGCGGCAGCGCCGGGAGAAGCUGAACCACCGGUUCUACUCGCUACGCGCUGUGGUCCCGCACGUGACGAGGAUGGACAAGGCGUCACUGUUAUCGGACGCCGUCUCUUACAUCAACGAGCUCAAGUCCAAGAUCGAGAAACUGGAGUCGCAGCUCCGGAGGGAGCCCGCCAGCACGAAUAGUUGUAGGAGGGUGAAGCUGGAAAUGACGGACACGGUGGAGUCGACGGUGGAACAAGCCGGCCCCGGCGGAAGGGGCUUGAGGCUGGGGCUAGAGGUUGAUGUCAGGAUCAUAGGGCCGGACGCGAUGGUCAGAGUCCAAUCGGAGAACAGGAACCAUCCCGGAGCGAGGCUGAUGGACGCGCUGCGCGACCUGGAGCUUCGGGUGCACCACGCCAGCAUGUCGUGCGUCAACGAGGUAAUGCUCCAAGACGUCGUGGUGAAGAUCCCUCAAGGCUUGAGAAGCGACGAGGGCCUGAUUAAAUCUGCUAUCCUCAGGAGACUGGAUCAGUAGUAGAUUCAAUUCCGGGUUAUCUGUUGAUAAAUUAAUAAGUUGCUAGACGUUCUGUAUAAAUAUCCGUUCCUUUUUCAUUUUCUAAAAAAAAAAGUUAUUUAAUUAAUUAAUUUCCUGUGAUAAGGGAUGUUGUUGGAUCAGUUUGGAGUCUGUGAAAUAAGGAGGUCAGCAGGAAGACAUGGAAGAAGCUCAUGUAUUAACAGUAAGAGUUAUCACUAGAACAGAGAGCAGUAGCUAGUAGCAAAUAAUGGAGUUCGACUUGAGAAGAUGUUAAAUGAUUGGUGUUGAGACAGGGUGUAUUCUCUUUAAUUAAGAGAAUACAUCUCUAUCUCUAUCUCAACAGUUGGCAUAAAAUUGUUAAUUGUAGCAUCAGUUUUGUUUUGUUUUUAUUGGAAGUAUGAAUUCAUCAACCCGACACUGAUGGUGUAGAUGCAUAUUCAGGGAUAGAAUCAUAGAUAGAUGCAGCAUAGAAGAAUGGAUUGGGUGAAAAUGUAGAUGUAGAGAGGGUUAAAUGAGGAAAGAAAAGGGGGAGGGGUAAGGGGCGAGACAAAAUAAGAUGGGCAUCAAAAUCAGGAAGGGCAGGAGAAGCACUAAAAAUCUCCACUAAAAGCGAGGGAGGGGGAAAUCAACAUUAGAAACAUGUGAGGGAAAUGAGCACAAGAAAGGCAACUUUAACGUUGUCAACAAAGGGGCAGGGAGGGGAAUGAAUGUGGAGAAAAGGAGGAGGAGAUAAUUACGAAAUUGGGAUGAGGAAAGAUGUGGCGUGUUUUUCCAACACAAACAAAACGUAGGGGCCAGAUGGAAAGAACCUUUGAGAUUGAGAGAGAGAGAGAGAGAGAGAGAGAGGUGGGGACAACGUUUUAUUGUGUUAGUUGUAUGUUGGAUGCCUCUCUCGAAUGUGGAAUCUCAUCUGUGCGACUCCCCAACCUGCCCUCAGCCUCGAGCCUCUAUUCACU